UACUUUUUUUUUAGGGAAAAUCAAAAUUUGGGAGAUUUAACUUUAAACCAACUUCUAAACGUGCCGAUUGGGCAUGCUUGGCAUACUUUGCCCCUCCCCAUCUCCACCUCGCUGCAUCAUAACUUAAUUUAACUGAUCUUAUAAUUAAAACAAUUUAAUGUUUAGUUUAAAUUAUUUGCACCGAAAUGGUUCUACGCCUCUAUUUCUUCACAAAAUCCACCCCUUUGUUCUCGAAUUCUCAUUGGCUGUCCCAAAAUAAAAUCGAUCAAGGUCAAAGAUGGCGGACAAAUAUAUGUAAACAUGGUUUACAAUAAUUCAAGUUGUUUCGUUAACAUACAUGAAAAAUGACCAAGAUAUUAAUGGACUAUUCAUUAAUUAUGUAUCUUGUGUAACAUCAGGUGAACGAGAUGAAGAUACUUUGAAUGUGUUUGCCACCCAGGCACAUGCCAAGUUUCUGAAAAAGGCCAAAGAUGUAAGUUCUGUCCCAGAGGAACUUUUCACCUUCGAGGUAUCCACCAGCAGUGCCAAGCAUGAUGUGAAGAGGAACAGACAAAAAAAAAACCAGAGGCUGAAAGAAUCUGAAGAGCAGGAGGAAAGUUCUAACCCCAACACAAAUUCAGGCAAAAAAACAAGAAAGGAAAGCACAGAGUCUGAGCAGAAUGGCAGAGAAACAGAUAAAGGAUUGGAGGAGAAUGAGAAGAAAGAAAAAGGUACCAAAAAAGAUGAAAGCAAAGAAAGUUGAGGUUAUACCUGAGAAGCUGAAAUCCCUUUAGUCGGAAUGUUCCUUGGCUUUCCAAUUUACAAGUUCACAUUCAACAGCACCACCCCUAGCACCAGUUGAUCAUACCCAGGAAACAGUGUCAUCGUUCACUCAACCACUGGACAAAAACCAGGUUCCAACAUCCCAACUCCAGCAAUGUAAAGAAACUCCAACACAAUCAAUCCUGCCAGCCUCAACAUAUAUACAGCCUCUAGAACCUAUGAAGACUACACAACCGACAAGUGACAUACCAUUUCGGCAAACAUGGGAAAUGUGUAGCGAUGCAAUGAAUUCCAUUCAAAAUGUACAAGGGUCGACAUCACCUACAAAUUUUCAGAGGACUUUUCCUGAAAUACCUGUUCCUUCAGAUUAGAUAAUUAGGGUUUUGGAAGGAAUAGUAAGACCUGAUGUGCAAAACUAUUUGAGGAUGCUCCUGCACCAUAUAGAGCUCUGUAAAGCAAAGGCCCCAUGUGGAGACUUUCAAACAAGGCCUCAAGACAAGCUAGUCAAUUGGAGUGAUGCUCAUCAAACUUCAAGUGUUCAACACGACUUUACAGCUGAAUAUCGACAAAACUUGGAUUUUUUACCUUCUAUGCCCACAUCAACACUAGCUGCUGCAGAUCAUGGACAGAUAUACAGAAACCUUUCACACACUAUGACACAUGAAACCUUUACAGAUUCACCAUCAACCCUGCCUGCACCACCAUCAACCCUGCCUGCACCACCAUCAACCCUGCUAGCACCACCAUCAACCCUGCCUGCACCACCAUCACCAUUGCCAGCACCUCCACCACUUCCACCACUAUCACCCUCACCCUUACCAUCAUCACCUCUGUCAGUGCCAUCCACUGAAAAUCAUAAUGAGACCCUUCAAAUGCCAUCACCACCACCACCAGCACUGAGGCGUUUACCCAGGAAACACAAGGAUGGACAAAAGGAAAAGAUCAAGCUUAUUGAGGGAAAAAAACACAGAAGUUGACCCAGACGGCAUGAGGAUGGCUACAUCAACUGCAAGAAAGUCAAAGAGGCCAAGAUACACUUUAUGUUACAAACUCCUGGCAGAGAUUUUUUCUUUGCAGACUCUGGCCAGUUCUCGUGGCCAGGGGAUCGGAAAAAACACCAAAGUAGACCCAAGGCUGUCCUUGAUCCCAACACAAUCAGUGAUCUUAAAAAUUAUGUUUUUCUAUGGUGCAAGAAAAAUGGCUUCAUUGUACCAUCAGAAGCAACACUGAAGGACGCCAUAACAGAAAGGAUCAGUUAUGCAAGGAAACAGCUAAGGCCAAAAACAAAAUAAAUGUGACAAACGUUUAAAUGCAUGAACAUGUAUGGAGAAAAUUUCAACUUUUCAAUGCAAAUGAGGAAUUUUAAGUGUGACUCCGACUUCAAUGUUUAAAUGUAUAAUGAAAAUUUCCACAUUUUAAUACAAAUGUUGUAACUUGAAUGUGACUCUUUGAAUGGUUAACUUAAAUGGGAAUCUGACUUGAAUGUUUAAAUGUAGGAGAGAAAUUUUCACAUUUUAACACAUAUGUUGAAACUUAAAUGUGAUUCUGAAUUGAAUGUUAAAAUGUAAGAAGGAAACUUUUACUUUUCAAUACAAAUGUAGAAACUUAAUCUGCUGUUUACUGUAUUGUUUUUUAAAUAUGAUUGAUCUUGUGUGAUUCUCUAGGGAUGAAAGUUUGCAGAAAUUCAGGUGUUAAAAUGAACUUUAUACCAGGCAUAAAAAUAAGGCGGAAUUUAGACGUGAAGUAGGCGUAAAUUUGUAGUGAAAUCCAGGCGUAAAUGUAAGGCGUAAAUAGAGGCGGAAUACAGACGUAAAAUUUUUUGCUUUGAAUCAUACUUUCAUGGAGGCGUCACUAAUUUGCAUAUUACGCCUCCAGAGGCGUCGCAAAUUUACAUUUUUCGCCUCAAAUUCCUGCCCAUUUCCUCUUGGAUUACGUCUAAGUUACGCCCGGAACUUAUGCAUUGCCUUAUAUGCAUUGCCAAGAAAUGACGCCCGGAAUUUCUCAGAAAUUCCU